UCUGUAAGGAGGAGGAGGUUGUCGCUGAGCAGCAGCUCUGUAUUGAGGAGAGGAACUCCAGUGUGGAGCAAGAGGAGCCAGAGCCUCCAGAGAUUAAAGAGGAAGAGGAGGAACUGUGCAGCAGUCAGGAGGGAGAGCAGCUUGAAGUGAAGCAGGAGACUGAUGACUUUAUGUUGACUCCUACUAAUGAGGAAAGUGACCACAGUGAAGAUCAGACUGUGAACUGGAGUAUCACUGAAACUCAGAAUAUGGUGGGGGAAACGCCUCUACAGUACAUUUCAGAUAAAAGCUAUGUUGUCCCAGAACCAGACAGUGACCACCAGCUCCUCUCUCACAACUCUCAUGCAGCUGAGAGCCAAGUUCAGGUAGACGGCAAGCAUGGAGACUCAGGUUCGGCUAGAAAUGCAGAGCAAACACAACCGAAUCAACAUCACAACAAUAGCAGUCACACUAAUAAUGUAUCUAACCCUGCUAUGUCAACAGUUUACUGUAAUACUCAGACAGGUAAAAUGUCUUUCAAAUGUGACACAUGUGGGAAAGCUUUAAACUGUAAGUCAGCUUUGAAGAGACACCUGAUAACACACACAGGUGAGAGGCCAUAUUCUUGCCAAACAUGCGGGAAAGAUUUCGGACAUAAUAGUGACUUGAUAGUCCACAUGAGAAUGCACACAGGCGAGAAGCCAUAUCCUUGCAACACCUGUGGGAAGGGAUUUACUAAGGCGUCAGUAUUGAAGGCUCACAUAAGAACACACACAGGUGAGAGGCCGUACUCUUGCCAAACAUGUGGGAAAGAUUUUGGACGUAACAGUGACUUGACUGUCCACAUGAGAAUCCACACAGGCGAGAAGCCGUUCACGUGCAAAACAUGUGGCAGAGCUUUCAGACUUAUCGGUCACUUGAUAGGCCACAUGAGAACUCACACAGGUGAGAAGCCGUAUCUUUGCAAAACAUGUGGGGCAGCUUUCAGACAUAGUAGCCACCUAAUAGGCCACAUGAGAACCCACACAGGUGAGAAGCCGUUUAUAUGCAAAACAUGUGGGAGAGCUUUCAGACUUAGAAGUCACUUGAUGAGCCACAUGAAUACCCACACUGGGGAGAAGCCACAUACUUGCAACACCUGCGGGAAAAGCUUUUGUCGGAUGUCACUAUUGAAGUCUCAUUUGAGAAUCCAUACAGAUGACAGGAGCCCUGUUCUUGCAACACAUGCAGAAGAUGUUACGGAUGUAAUCGUGACCUUAUAAGCCACAUGAGAACCCACACAGGAGAGAAGCUGCUUACAUGCAAAAGGUGGGAGAGCUUACUUGAAGAAAAACACCUGAGAACCGAUAUACACAGGAGAAACCAUCAAGGAGAAACCCCCAUGAAGAUGUGUUCACUCACUGAAUGUCACCCACUUCUGCAAUAGCUACAUGUCUCACUGACUAUAUAAUUUCCUAUUGAAAGGAAGUCACAGUAUGUUGAAGUAGAACAUAAUCAAUGACAUCACGUUGUGUAGAUCUGAUCUCAUUUUAUCCUUCAUAUCACUGCACUUAUAUUUCUCUUGGCAACUGUAUUUCUUUAAAACAAUUAUAAUCUCCCAAGUUGAUUGAAACGUCUUUGUUGUACAGUGAGUGCAUGAUUGUUACAAAUGUUUGACUGGGAAUUAUUAUUUUCUGAAGAAUUUUUAUACACCUCCUUAGUUAUAGGAGUGGACUGUGAACUUUCUUGUUGAGGAUGAGAAACCCUCUCUGUAUGACAGCCAGUCAAUUCUUUGCUGUCUGCAAAAUGUCACUUAAGUUUACAGUUGCAUGUAUUUUAUAUGUGCAUCAACUUGCUGUAAUUGCUCUUUCAGGUUUGAGUGGUGACACACACACAAAUAUUGUAGAUGAUGUACUACAAGUGGUGUCAGCAAUUCAGCCUACAUAAUGAAUACAAUGAUCAAAGGAUGUUGCCACCUAAAUACUGGUGUCUGAUCUCAUGUAUGUUCAAACAAUAAAGCUUUGUAAGAUGAUGAUUUAAGAAUAUCAGAUUCACCCUGAAGUCUAAAACUAUAUACGCAGGUUCUGUUGGUCAAGGCUGCAGCUGGGUGUGACUCACUUCAAAAGUUAAGUAGUAAUAGUAAGAGUAGUUCUUAUCAUGGUAUUUAAAGCUCCAGCUGACCGGCUGGAGGGUGACAUAAAGUAUGAUUUUAUACUGUUUGGUAGCAGUUGAGCUAUCUUAUUAAAUAAAUGUGCAGUGCAGCAAUGUAACAACAUGUGCACUACUGAAGCACUGUAUUUAUGGACAAUAUUGAUUGUCCGUAGAUGUUAUUGCUAUGGUUCAAGACAGUCCAAAAAAUAUUUGCGAACACGAACAACUCUCUCCCAAAUCCAAAAACUGUAGGGCUAAAUUUUUAUUUGUGAUGUCACUGGGUAUAAAGUUUGGAGUUGCUCUACUGACAAUGAAUUGGGAACGUUUAAAGAUGGCACUGAGAGCACCCAGAGGAAUGAUCUGAGUAUAUGGGGACAUUUUCUGUUUCGGAUCUGAGAACACUACAACAAAAAAUCCAACAAAAACAUUGUGUGGGUCCAUUAAAUCAGGCUCUCAGUCAUUGUCUAUGGAGCAGCUCCAGACUUUAUACCCUAUGACAUCACAAGUUUGAGACUUCCCUCUCUGGUUUCUGGCUCUGAAA